CUGCAAUCAAGCAUUUGUCUGGACGUGCGAGAAUUGCGUGCAAUGAACCGCAGAAUAGGGUCCACCGCUCUAAAGCGGCUCAUGACAGAAUACAAGGAACUCACAACAAAUCCACCAGAGGGUAUUACCGCUGGCCCGAUAACAGAGGACGAUUUCUUCACUUGGGAAGCACUUAUUCCAGGUCCCGAUGAUACACCCUAUGAGGGUGGUGUCUUUUCAGCUACACUUACCUUUCCUAAAGAUUAUCCUCUCUCACCCCCCGUUAUGAAGUUUACUUGUCCCAUGUUUCAUCCAAAUGUAUAUGCUGAUGGCACAGUCUGCAUCUCGAUCCUUCAUCCGCCGGGCGACGACCCAAACAUGUACGAGCACGCAUCUGAACGAUGGAGCCCCGUACAAAGUGUCGAAAAGAUCUUGCUAAGCGUUGUCAGUAUGCUUGCUGAGCCGAAUGACGAGAGUGGGGCCAAUGUGGAGGCUUCAAAAAUGUGGAGAGAGGAUCGCAAGAAAUUUGACGAGGUUGUACGGGCCAAUACUCUGAGGGCGUUGGGUCUGUGAGAGGAGGAAAGUACGGGAAAAGAUUUAUGUACAUAACGGCAAGCGUUGGCAUUAGCUGCGCAAGCCAAGAAUUAUAUUGAAUGUUGAUGUAUAGGAAAUGUAGAAUGCGGAUAAGAUUUGCAAAUGAUAGUUGAUCGUGCACGUUCAACUCGCCCGGCAUUUGGUGAAUUAAUAGCCCCGAAUCUCUUUCAAAACUUCCUUUUCCCUAUCGCCCUGCAUUACGCCAUAU